GCCACCAGACGCCGCGGCGGCGCCAUGGGGAGGCUUAACGCCGACCUGAUUCGGCGGAGCCCCCAGUUUAUCAGCGCCAUGAAGGAGCGCGUCCUCGACCUCCGAGGCAACAAGAUCGGCAUCAUCGAGAACCUCGGUGCCACCGAGGACCAGUUUGACAUGAUUGAUUUGUCGCACAAUGAGAUUGUCAAGCUUGAGAACUUCCCUUUCAUGAAUCGCCUUGGCACUCUGUUAAUCAACAACAAUAGAAUUACAUGUAUCAGUCCGAACCUUGGUGAGCUUUUACCCAAGAUGCAUACUUUGGUGCUGACGAAAAAUCGCCUCACAAGUCUUGCGGAGAUUGACCCCCUGGCCUCUCUUCCAAAGCUGCAAUUUCUCAGCUUACUGGAUAAUACCGUAACUAAGCAACCAGAUUACCGGUUUUAUGUGAUCCACAAGCUGAAGCAUCUGCAUUUGCUGGACAUAGAGAAAGUGAAACAACAGGAGAGAGCUGAAGCAGUGAAAAAGUUCCACCCAAAGGAGGCAGAGGAGGCUACAGAGAAGGUUGCUGUCAAAGCUCGUACUCCAGCAGUGGUGGAUGCUCAAGGUACCACAAAAGAGCAAGGUCUUAAAGUAGUCGCUCCAACGCCUGCACAAAUCACAUCUUUCAAGGCUGCUAUCAUGAACUCUCAGAUGCUUGACGAAGUUACAAGGCUUGAGAAGGCGUUGAGCACUGGCCAAGUUCCUACUGAGUUUGUGCUCCCCAAGCUUGUCACCAAGAUGGCUGAAGUGUCCGAGGAGGCUGAAGCUGCGAAGAUGGAGGCAGAUGGUCAGGACCAAGAGGAUGGGGCUGAUGGGCAGAAGCAAACUGAUGGCACCUCGAUUGAAGAGGAAAUGUUGGGGGUUGGUCUAGACUCCGCCUCUACAGAAAUAUGCCACAUACAAUCAUAUAUAUACAAGAAUUUUCAGCGAGCCGACUUCAAUUUCAUAUUCAGUUGGAGGAAAAGGCCUUUCCGUGGCUUGCAUAUUAUCCCACCACCAAGGAGGCAGGAGCCAGGUAAGUCAUGCACACUAAACAUGCCAUAAUGUGUGUGUCCUUUGUGAUGAUGUGAGU